GAGCUCCACCUCUGGCUCAGUGCGCACGGAGUGGGCGGUUUCUCAACACGCAUACACACAGAGACGCACGUACACGCGCGCGCACGCAUAUUAUGGACUGCAACCUGCGGAUUCCUGUUACUCUCGCACACACAGCCUGUAGGAGUAGGUGACCGUCACUGGGACCGCGUUCCACUGUUAAAGGGCGGCUUUUGUCAGUGCGCAACGUUGGAGAAUCCUAUAUUUUGGAGCGCAAACAGUAAAAUGGCUUCUUUCAGAGGACUUGUGAGUCUUUUAUUGAAGAACUUCGUGUCAAACGGUGUCUUUUGACCGACUUACCGGAGCGCUCAGAAUAAAGUUUCACAUGGUGCACUUUAUCCUGAAGCAGCACAGCGCGCCACGGGAAUCAGAAAUGAGAGCAGGUCCGACGCUUUUCUGCGCAUUUCUCUUUAGAAAGUAUUUCAAAUGGCUUGAUACACGAGUCGUCUCUGCUUUUUGAUCUGCGGCUGCGACAGAUAACAGCGCGCUCUCGGACGGACUUUGGUUACCAUUGCGCACAUCUUUUUUUUCUUUUUUUUCCCUUUACGUUUGGAUAGGCGACUGAAGCUCCAAGCCAGACACACUUGGGACUCCGGAGAGCACAGCGGGACAACACCAUGACCAGCUGCUGGCUUGCCUUGGUCGGAUUGUGGUGGAGCGCUUGUUACUGCAUGUUCCUGGUCGCGGGGAGUAAUUAUUCACUGGAUGGAAACAACGAAGUGCACCCGGGUUUCAUCCACCGGCGGCUGCGGACGCACGAGAAGAGGGAGAUGCAGAAGGAGAUCCUGUCCAUCCUCGGGCUGCCGCACAGACCGAGACCGCAUCUGUCGCACGGAAAGUACAACUCCGCUCCACUUUUCAUGUUGGACUUAUACAACACGAUAUCUAGCGAGGAGAAAAGCCCGGUGGAAGGCGUGCUGGACCGCUAUCAGAGCAUGCGUACGACCCAGAGUCCACCUCUGGCCACAUAUCAAGAAACUGCCUUUCUAAAUGACGCAGACAUGGUGAUGAGCUUCGUUAAUUUAGUGGAGUACGACAGGGAGCUCUCUCCACAGCGGCGUCACCACAAGGAGUUUAAGUUCAACCUCUCACAGAUCCCAGAGGGCGAGGCCGUCACCGCAGCAGAGUUUCGCCUCUACAAGGAGUGUGUGAGCCGUGCCUUCCGCAACGACACCUUCCUACUCAAAGUCUACCAGGUGGUCAAGGAGCACCCUGAUAGAGAGGCAGACCUGUUCCUGCUGGAGUCUCGCAGGCUGUGGGCAGCUGAGGAGGGCUGGCUGGAGUUCGACAUCACCGCCAGCAGCAACCUGUGGGUGAUGAGCCCGGUGCACAACCUGGGCCUGCAGGUCAGCGUGGAGACCAGCAGUGGGCAGAGCAUCAGCUCCAGGGAUGCGGGUCUCGUAGGACGUGACGGUGCGCUGGAGAAGCAGCCUUUCAUGGUGGCGUUCUUCAAAGUCAGCGAAGUACAUAUCCGCACCUCCCGCUCCACUGGUGGAAAACGUCGCCAGCAGAACCGCAACCGAUCCACACAACCACAGGACGGUUCCAGAGGCUUAGGCCCAGCAGAUUACAACAGCAGCGAUCAGAAGACAGCGUGCAGAAGACAUGAGCUCUACGUCAGCUUCAGAGAGCUGGGCUGGCAGGACUGGAUCAUUGCUCCUGAAGGCUACGCAGCCAACUACUGUGACGGAGAGUGUUCCUUCCCCCUGAACGCCCACAUGAACGCCACCAACCACGCCAUUGUACAGACACUGGUGCACCUGAUGAACCCUGAGAAUGUACCAAAGCCCUGCUGCGCCCCCACCAAACUCCAUGCCAUCUCAGUGCUCUACUUCGAUGACAACUCCAACGUCAUUCUGAAGAAAUACAAGAACAUGGUGGUACGGGCCUGCGGCUGCCACUGACACCACCGCCACCGCAUCGAGGGCUGAUAAUGCUCGAUUGAAAGUUAGGUUGCGACCAGUGACUCGUGGGUGCUGUUCACUUCGGCUAGACACCAGAUUCCUGCCCAAAUCCUCAAACCUGCAAGGAAUGUCCACCCCGAAAAAUCAUUACCAUGUUCUAUUCCAAUAAUCUUGGACACUUCAAAACAUCCAUCUAAUAACAUGAACAUCUGUCUUCAUCAAACUAUGAGGGGACCAUCGCAAACGUGGCACCACAUGGGUGUCAUCUACGGGCAACUUCACCCUGCUCCAGUGUUGAGCCACCACGUUGUCUAUCACCUUCUCUGUUAGCUGUGGAAUCUUCACUUCAUGAACUGACUGAAUGGCUGUGAGUGUGCGGGGAGGAUGGAGUGUUUGUAUAUUAUGUGUGUGUAUGAAUGCCGAAGAGGCUACUGCACCCUCUCCCUCACUGAGAGGGCGAGGGCAAAACUGAACUGUUGUGGGACCAGUCCGAGUGCUGCUUUCUUUUCCUUCCCAUCUCCCCUCUCAGAAACACACGGUGGAUCAGUUCUCAGAUGAGGCUCGAACAAUUACUGCUGAACAACCUCCCUACGGCACGUGAUGACCCGGGGGAGUUGACGCGGUGACAACACCUGGUAAAAAAGACAGAAAAUUUGCAGAAAUGGUUUGAGCGAGUUGGGAAAAAAAUACAAACCAAGUUUCCUUUACUGUGCAAAUGUUAACUCAAUCUACUACUAAAUGAUACAUGGAGUCAGUAGAUUCAUAUUUCCUUCCUCUUUCCUAAUGUAUUUUCUUCUCAAGCCAUAUUUGCCCUCCUAAAAUAUAAUACGGACUGAACCAAAGUGACCGCAGGCUAUUUUAGUAGUGCACUGCUCCAAAUAUCCCAUGUCAAUAUUUGCCAGGCUCACGCUGAGCUGCGAUUCACCAGGCUGGUUCAAGAUGAUGCAUGUUGUGGCUAAACUGAUGUUUUUCUCCAAAGAACCGAAGAAUACAGCCUUAUCCCUCCGACAUACCACAAAUGGCCAUUUCCAUGUCGCUGCGCUCGCAAAGUUAACAAAUGCUUCCACCCCUGACAACCCAUCAAGAGAUUGUGGAAAAACAUUUAGCGAGUCAAAAACAGCCGGCAGGACACUGUCUGUGCCAGCUUUCUGAAAUUAGCCCUUUGCUUUUUCAACCCUGGGGAGGGGGGGGGGGGGGAUCAUGUUGAGAUUUGUGUCCAGUGGCAGCAUCUUUCCAAUUCGAAUAUGUUACUGUGAGCUUUGAAUGACAUGGGCGUUAUUUUAGAGAGCAUAUUUUAAUGAAAAAAACUAAUACCAACAAGAAUCAAAAUACCUUAUGUGCCUAACCAAUCAUAAAUUACAAAAUAUACCUCUGGUAAGCUGCUGUUUACAUUUGUGAUCAUGUUUAGACUGUUUUGUAAAUACUUGUACAUUCUCAGCUUAUUUAUUGCACCUUUUAUUAAAAAGAAAAUCACAUACCUUAUUAACAGAGACAGAUGCAAGAACAAAAUGAAAUUACAAACUUAUUUUUUGAAAAAAAAUUUAUUAUGAAAUCUCAUGUUACAACUUGCCAUUAUUCACUCUUUUUUUUUGUACAAAAUCCAUGGGUAGUCACAACCCAUGACUCACAAGGAAAAAAAUACUUCUGUCACUGGAGUUCCUUAGACCAUGUGCUAUCCAUAAAAACUUUUACUGACAAAAAA